AGACUUUACCAAUUUUCUUAUACUCAUUGAAACAGAGAGAGACCAGGACGAGAUUCGAACGAGAAAAUGAAUAUGCGACGGAGAGGGUUUUGGUCGGAUAAACAAUGGGCAGCAUUUUUGGUGAUGAUUAUGUGGAUAUGCAACACAAUUACAGGCGUUUAUGGUUCGAUUCACGAGUACAGGAGGGAAGCGUUCAGCCCACGCUCUAAUGCUCACUUCUUCCAUGGCGGCAGUGAAGGUCUUUAUGCUUCCAAGCGUCACUAUUCCAAUGAUUCUCCUGAAAACGCCUUCAAGGGAAAGUCUUUUAUUAGGUUUGAUGAUGUCACCUUUGUGAGGACAAAAGAGUCUGCUAGUAGGCAGAAUGACAUGCAGACCAACACUGGAUUGGUGGAGGCAAUUAUUCUUGAAGUGAAAGACAGGGAUAGGAUUGGGGGUUCAUAUUUAAAAUCUGAUGUUAUAUGCUGCAACCGUAGUCUUGCUGAUGAGACAUCCUGCAAGUUGGGAGAGGUUAUUAUUCAUAGAAACCAAGACAACCCUGACUGGCCUAAGCGCAUCAGAACCUUUUUUGAAGGGAAUAAGGAAGAAGUCAAAAUGCAUCCUGAAGUUGUUGAAAUAAAUAACACCGGAAUGUACUACCUUUAUUUCAUGUUUUGCGAUCCACAACUCAGUGGUACUUUGAUCAAAGGGAAGACUGUGUGGAAGAACCCAGAUGGUUAUUUACCUGGAAAGAUGGCUCCUUUGAUGACAUUCUUUGGGUUCAUGUCUUUUGCUUACCUUGUGCUUGGCUUAGUCUGGUUUCUAAGGUUUGUUCAGUUCUGGAAGGCUAUAAUACAGUUGCACUACCACAUCACUGUAGUAAUUGCACUUGGAAUGUGUGAAAUGGCAAUUCGAUACUUUGAAUAUGCUAAUUUCAAUUCCACUGGAAGCAGACCUAUGGAUAUUACAAUAUGGGCAGUAACUUUUGCAUCUGUUAAGAAGACUCUGUCUCGCGUUCUUCUUUUGGUGGUCUCAAUGGGUUAUGGUGUGAUGAAGCCAACUCUUGGUGGCAUAACCUCAAGAGUACUUCUGCUUAGUUUUGUCUAUUUUGUUGCAACGGAGGCACUUGAACUUGUUGAGCAUUUGGGAAACAUUAAUGACUUUUCUGGAAAUGCCAAGUUAUUCUUGGUGCUUCCUGUUGUUUUUCUGGAUGUGUGCUUCAUCCUGUGGAUAUUCUCAUCAUUGUCAAAAACUUUAGAGAAACUUCAGAUUAAGAGAAAUAUUGCUAAGUUGGAGCUUUACCGGAAAUUUACUAAUGCCCUGGCAGCAUCUGUGCUACUCUCUAUAGCGUGGAUUGGUUUCGAGUUAUACUUCAAUGCAACUGACCCACUAAGCGAGCUGUGGCAAAUUGCUUGGAUCAUUCCAGCUUUCUGGAAUAUGCUUGCAUACUUUCUUUUGGUAGUAAUAUGUGUGCUCUGGGCUCCAUCCUGUAAUCCAACUAGAUAUGCAUACUCUGAAGAGAUGGGAGAGGAGUUCGAUGAAGAGGGUAUCUCACUUACUGGCAGUGGGACAAAAUUGACAGGCGACACCGAAAGAAAGGAUCAUGUCUAUGGGCUCGGGGAAGAUCUUGAAGAAGACAAGCGAGAAUAAUUGAAAAUC